CGCUCGACCGUUAUAAAAUCACAAAACUUUGUCGGCUUCGUUAUCGAACUUCGAUAGAAAGGCAAUGCUGGCUAUCGGGCGAAUCAAAAUAAAACAAAAAAUGUUAUUUUUAAGGCGAUUUUACAGCAAAACCGAACGUAUAGCGCAAGUUGCAAAAUCCCACAAGCCUGGCGACUCUUUGAGUAUUCAGGGCUGGAUCAAAAAUGUUCGCCGGCUGAAGAACAAUACCUUCCUGGACCUAAAUGAUGGGUCUUCUAGCAACAGGUUCCAGGUGGUUGUGCCACGGACUCCGGAAAACCAGCAUCUAGCUCCAGGCAGCGUCAUUUCCGCAGUGGGUCAAAUCCAAGUGGCUCCGAGCGGCAACUAUGAGCUGCAUGCGGAUCAUGUGGAAAUGUUGGCUGAAGGACGACUACAGGAAGGCUAUCCCUUCAGUCCAAAACAAAAACAUCCACCAGAAUAUGUCCGCGAACACUUGCAUCUGCGUUCCCGCGUUGAUUUUAUAGCCGCCCAGAUGAGAAUCAGGCACAAGGCUCAGAAAGCCAUUCAUGACUACAUGGAUGAGCUGGAUUUCGUGCAGAUCAACACUCCUCUGCUGACCACCAAUGAUUGCGAGGGAGCAGGAGAAGUAUUCCGCGUUCAACCAGAUUCAGAAGCUCUGCUCAAACAGAUGUCCAGACCGAACGUUCCCGUAGAGCAGAGCUAUUUCGAUAACAAGGUGUUCCUGACCGUCUCCGGACAACUGCACUUGGAGGCCAUGACUUAUGGUCUGGGUAAUACAUAUACCCUUUCUCCGGCCUUCCGAGCGGAAAACUCCAAGUCCCCACUGCAUUUAGCCGAGUUCUACAUGUUCGAAGCGGAACUUGCCCAUAUGGAGGACUUGGAGAAGCUUGCGCAGUUUAUUGAACGGAUGCUCAAGUUCGUAACAAAUCGCUUGCUGGAAACUAGAUCUGAGGAUAUACAUUUUUGUCAGAAAAACUUAAACUCCACCUUAGAUCUCCCUUGGCUAGAAGUCCCCUGGAAGAUCAUAAGUUACGAUGAAGCUCUUCAAGUGCUGCAAGAAAACAAGGAUUCUCUAAAGACCCCCAUAAGCCUCAGUGAGGGUUUCUCCAAGGACCAGGAACUGUUUCUUGUGGCUCAUUGCGGCGCUCCUGUAUUCGUUGUGGAUUGGCCUGCUCAGCAAAAGCCUUUCUACAUGAAAGUCUCCCGCGCAAAUCCCAAUCGAGUCCAUGCCCUGGAUCUUCUAAUGCCAGCUGUUGGUGAAUUAUGCGGAGGAAGCCUGCGUGAAAGCGAUCCAGCGAUCUUAAAUGCUCAUCCCCAACUGCCUAAGGACCUGUCCUGGUACGUUGACCUUCGAAAGUACGGGGGAAUUAAAACUGGCGGUUUUGGCAUGGGCUUCGAGCGUUAUUUGCAGCUGGUCACGGGUGUCAAAAAUAUCCGAGAUGUGAUACCCUUUCCUAGGUAUCCGCACAGCUGCAAGAUGUGAUUCAUUAUAGGUGUAAAAUAAUUCGGUUUAUUGUUGUUAAAAGUGUAAUAAACGUAUAUUACUUUGGAGUAUGUUUAUAAUCAUAA